UUUGAUUUGAUUAUUUAAAAAAUCUGCACUAAUCCAUCAACACACGCUUCACUUUGUACGUUUACAUAUAAUAUUACACUUCUAUUAAACAAAUGUUUGCCCCCCAAAAAUAAUCUGCAACUGCGUUACCCACUCCAAUCAGCAGAUGGCGAUGUGCAUAUUUCAGGCGAUACCGCUAGUGUGACGUCUAAUGUAGUGGACCGGACACUUCUUCAACUGUAACAACAGUUAGUCAGCCACCUCCGGGGCCGAAAACAUUAAAUAUUUUGAUGUACAAUAGUCACUGUGUUUUAAACACAAUUAUGUUGUCAACUUGUUGGUCCAUUUAAUAUAAUAUUUACGUUGUUUGUCAGGUAGCUGGCUUGCCAAAUUAGCUUUGCACUAGGCUAAUCGCUAAUGCUAAGUAGCUAGCUAGUUAACAUCCCCGGCCAUGACUUUACUAAGCUACUCCACUCCUGCUAAAGAAAAGGUCUGCUGGACGGAGAAAGAAGAAGAGGCUGUUACAGUUAAACAAGAAGUAGAGGGUGAGGCUGUUACAGUGAAAGAAGAAGAGAAAAAAGGUUUCAGAGUGAAAGAGGAGGAGGAUGUUACUGUGAAAGAAGAGGCUGUUACAGUGAAAGAGGAGGAAGGAGUGGAGGAAGAGGGGCAGAUUACUUUCACGUUGAAAGAAGAGGAGGAAGGAGAGGAAGAGGGGCAGAUUACUUUCACGUUGAAAGAGGAGGAGGAAGAGGAGACGGGAGAUCUGAGUUACACCACAGGAGAGCGACCAGACUCUCACUCUGACAGCGGGGAGAGUCCUUCAGGGGAACCAGACUCAGAGACGUCCAAACCAGCGAGACGACAUCACUGCUCCCAGUGUGGAAAAAGUUUUAUCCGAUCACAACACCUGAAAUUACAUGAGAGAACACACACAGGAGAAAAGCCUUACCACUGUUCCCAGUGUGGAAAGAGUUUUAGUCAGUUAGGGAGCCUGAAAAGUCAUAAGCGAAUACACUCUGGAGAGAAGCCUUACCACUGUUUCCAGUGUGGAAAUAGUUUUAGUCAGUUAGGGAGCCUGAAAAGUCAUAAGCGAAUACACUCUGGAGAGAAGCCUUAUCACUGCUCCAAAUGUGGAAUUACUUUUUCAUGGUUAGACAACCUGAAAACGCAUGAGAGAAUACACACAGGUGAGAAGCCUUACCACUGUUCCUACUGUGGAAAGAGUUUUCGGGUGCUAGGGAACCAGAAACACCAUGAGAAAACACACACACGAGAGAUGUCUUACCCCUGUUCCCAUUGUGGAAAGAGUUUUAGGUGGUUAGGGACCCUGAAAACGCACGAGCGAAUACACACACAAAAAAAGGAAAAGCUCUAUCAAUGUUCCCUGUGUGGAAUGAGUUUUACCCAGUUAGAAGCCCUGAAUAUGCAUGACAGGAUACACACAGGAGAGGAUAAGCCCUAUCAUUGCUCCCAGUGUGGAAAGAGAUUUAAUUGGUUAAGGCACCUGAAUAAGCAUGAAAGAAUACAUACACAGGAGGAGAAGAUAUACCACUGCUCUCAUUGUGGAAAGACAUUUUCCCAGUCAGAGGACCUGAAAUCACAUGAGAGAAUAGAGAGGCUUUGUUCUGACUUGUGUUUUUGACUGAGAAUGUGUUUUUGUUUAAUCCUCAUGCAAUCAAAUUGUAUAUAUGAAACCAAAAUAAGUUUACUUUUGUUGUUGUUUCUUCAUUUUGAGACAUGAUCAUGUCUAAUACCAGAUUAAAUAUUUUAAUUUCUA